CACUCACAAAUAGAUGCACGCUCGUUUAUCAAAGUAGUUUAUUUGUCGAUGAAGUCUGUUGAGAAAUCUCGCCCUUAUAUACUGCAGACAUACCUAGUACUGGCGGUUAUCAAGGAUCGCCCUAUCUCUCCAUACCGUUUUUUGCCUUAAUUAACACGGGUGAACUUGACAUUCCAGAGAACUUGAAAGAUAAAACUCUUAUAUCCUUCCGUAUCUUCCCAUUGACUUGGGCCAAACACAGAGCAACUAUGUUCGGGAACCUUUGGCCAAUGUGCGUUCUGGCAACAGUCAUUAUCGGCAUCGGAGUAUACAGAGCAAUCUUUGCACCACUUUCCAAGCUUCCGGGUCCCAAGUAUUCCCUUGUAACAGACAUCUUGCUCAUGAGCAAGGAGUUCGCGUCUAAACGCCGAGAAUACAUACAUCAACUCCAUGAGCAAUACGGACCUGUUGUACGGGUAGGACCCAAUGAAGUGUCGUUCACUUCUUUGGAGGCAUUGAAAGAAAUUUAUACCUCAGGUGGGAGCGGAUAUGACAAGACGGAGUUUUAUACGCUUUUCAUGCAGUUUGGUGUCAGGACAAUGUUUUCGACUUUGGGAAAGGGAACUCAUAGUCAGAAGAAACGAUACAUCGCUGGCCAGUACGCAAACACCAACAUCAUGCGUCCCCAAGUCAUGGGAGGCAUCCAAGAAAGAGCCGAAGCUUUCGUCAAGAAGUGUACUGAGGCUCAAGGGCGCAGCUUAGAUGCAUACGUCUAUCUACACUGCUUUGCUCUAGACUGCGCUUCUCACCAUCUCUUUCAUCCGUAUGGUACGCAUUCUCUCGAUGAUGAAAAGGAUUUUGGCAUGAUGGAAGAGCAGUCUUACCACAAUAGUCUGAAACAGAAUUAUGCGAAGUACCGCUUGCCAACGCUCUCAAACAUGGUAGACAAGUUCACCAAGCCAAGACCAUCGCCUAUCGCAAAUGGCCAUGUCUUGAGCUGUAACGAGAAGACAGACUUAGGGGAACAGACACUGCUCUACAAACUUCAGCACAGCAAAGAGAACUUUGAAAAGAUUGAGAUGGCCGCCGAAUGUAUGGAUCAUCUUGCCGCAGGUAUUGAUACUACCGGUGAUGGGUUGACAUUCCUGAUGUACCAACUUUCCCUACCCGAAAGUUCUGAAGUACAGAAACGACUCAUCGAAGAAGUCCGCGCAAACAAGGAGAGCAAACUCGAUAGACUCGUAUACCUAGAUGCGGUCAUAAAAGAAGGCCUACGAUGCUUCCCACCCAUACCCAUGUCUCAGCCUCGUUAUGUACCGACAGGAGGCCGUUCAAUAGACGGCUUUUUUAUCCCAGCAGGAACAAUUGUCAGCUGUCAAGCACACAGCGUCCACCGACUCAACGAACAUAUCUAUGAGAACGGCAACGAAUUUAUUCCUGAGCGGUGGCUCGAUGCCGAGAAAGUCCCUGAGAUGAAUAGACUAUUCUUCGCUUUCGGGUUGGGUGGCAGGGGUUGUACUGGGAGACGUUUGGCGAUUGCUGAGAUGAAAUGUUUAUUGAGAGAGGUAUAUUCGCAGUUUAGGACUCGUGUUGCGCCUGAUAUGAAGGGGAGGAUGACGAUGUCGGACCAGGUUAUUUCGAGUCGGCCGCUGGAUCAGACAUGUAAACUUAUUUUCGAGCCUAUAGUAAAAGAUGUUCUACACAGAUGAUAUACAUAGCUAUCUUUUGUAUUGAGAACAUUGUCUUGCAUGUAUUGAGAGUAUGAUGUAUCUUCCACAAAAGUAAUGGUCAAGUGAUGCAACAUGUGGAUAAUGCUGUGGGAAGUCUUCAUGCU